AUAUCGCGCCUUUCUCACUGUCUGCUCAAAGCUCGAGUAUGGAGGCCGCCACCGCUCUCACGGCUGCCUCCUCCCCGGCGUCUUUCCUCAAAGCAACUCGAAGCUUGACUCCGGAAUACUGUAGAAGACGACAGUUUUCUGUGAGAGCGAACGGAGCACGCGGAGAUGGGAAGAUGAUGAGAAUUUCUAAAGAGAAGAUUGAUUACUCAGGGGAGAAGCCGGCAACCCCUCUUUUGGACACCAUCAACUACCCUAUUCACAUGAAGAAUCUCUCCACGCAGGAACUGGAACAGUUGGCGGCGGAGCUUAGAGCAGCAAUUGUGUUCGAGGUGGCCGAGACUGGUGGCCACUUGAGUGCUAGCUUGGGGGUGGUAGACCUUUCUGUGGCUCUUCAUCAUGUGUUCAAUACCCCCGAAGACAAGAUCAUUUGGGAUGUAGGCCAUCAGGCAUACCCUCACAAGAUAUUGACGGGAAGAAGGUCGAGGAUGCACACCAUCAGGCAAACCUCAGGGCUCGCUGGAUUCCCCAAGAGAGAUGAGAGCGAACAUGAUGCCUUCGGUGUUGGUCACAGUUCCACAAGCAUCUCCGCAGGGCUUGGAAUGGCUGUCGCGAGAGAUUUGCAGGGGAAGAAGAACCAUGUUAUAGCAGUGAUUGGGGAUGGAGCCACGACGGCUGGUCAAGCCUUUGAGGCAAUGAACAACGCAGGAUUCUUGAACUCUAACCUUAUUAUUGUGCUCAACGAUAAUAAACAAGUUUCACUUCCUACUGCUACCCUUGAUGGACCAGCAUCUCCAGUUGGGGCACUCACUAAGGCCCUCACCAAGCUCCAGUCCAGUACCAAGUUCCGAAUGCUCAGCGAAGCAACUAAAAAUGUCACAAACCAAAUUGGUAGACACGCACAUGAGAUAGCUGCAAAGGUUGAUCAAUGUGCUCGUGGAUUAAUGAUGAGUGCCCCUGGGUCUACAUUGUUCGCGGAGCUUGGUCUGUAUUACAUUGGACCUGUAGAUGGGCACAAUGUAGAAGACCUGGUCGCCAUUUUUCAGAAAGUGAAGUCCAUGCCGGCUCCUGGUCCUGUCCUUAUACAUAUCGUGACGGAGAAAGGAAAGGGAUAUCCACCGGCUGAGGCCGCUGCAGACAAGAUGCAUGGCGUUGGGAAGUUCGACCCCAAAACUGGGAAGCAAUUCAAGACAAAGUCACCUACUCUUUCAUACACUCAAUACUUCGCAGAAUCUCUCAUCAAAGAGGCCGAGGUUGAUGACAAGAUUGUAGCUGUUCACGCUGCCAUGGGAGCUGGUACGGGGCUGAACUAUUUCCAAAAGAAGUUUCCUGAGAGAUGCUUUGACGUGGGAAUUGCAGAGCAGCACGCAGUCACCUUUGCUGCCGGUUUGGCAGCCGAGGGCCUCAAGCCUUUCUGCGCCAUUUACUCCUCUUUUCUGCAACGUGGUUACGAUCAGGUGGUUCAUGAUGUGGACUUGCAGAAGAUUCCGGUGAGGUUUGCACUCGAUAGAGCUGGCCUUGUUGGUGCUGAUGGACCUACACAUUGUGGAGCCUUCGACAUAACAUACAUGGCCUGCUUGCCCAACAUGGUCGUGAUGGCUCCAGCUGAUGAAGCUGAGCUGAUGCAUAUGGUGGCCACAGCAGCGGCCAUCGAUGACAGACCUAGUUGCUUCAGAUUUCCUAGGGGCAAUGGAGUCGGAGUAGUGCCCCUGCCUCCAAACUACAAAGGCACACCUCUCGAGGUUGGAAAAGGUAGGAUUCUGAUGGAAGGAGAAAGAGUUGCCAUUCUUGGAUAUGGUUCCAUAGUGCAGACAUGCUUACAGGCUGCUGACCCACUCAAGAGUACCCAUGGAAUACUUACCACAGUGGCUGAUGCUCGGUUCUGCAAACCUCUCGAUGUGGAGCUGAUAAGAAGGCUGGUGAAUGAACAUGAGAUACUGAUCACGGUAGAGGAGGGCUCCGUCGGUGGCUUUGGAUCGCAUGUCGCUCACUUCUUGAGCUCCGAUGGUCUUUUAGAUGGACACCUUAAACUGAGAUCUAUGGUUCUGCCGAACCGAUACAUCGACCAUGGAUCGCCUAAGGACCAAAUCGAAGCGGCUGGACUUUCUUCGAAGCAUGUUGCAGGGACAGUCCUGAACCUUUUAGGCAAGCCUAAGGAAGCAUUGCAGCUCCAGUGAAGCAUGCUACUUUGUCACACCAUUAAUUAUCAAAGUCUUUUUUAAGCUUAUAAAUGCUUAACAAAGGGAAUUAGAAUCUGUACUUAGCUGCAAAUGACAUAAAAAUGAGAUAAAACUUUUAGGAUGUAUCUAUCAACAUCCUUUUAAACUGCAUUUUAAUAAGAAUACCCAGUGAAAUGCAGUUGAUCUCGAUAAUUGC